AUGGACAAUGAGAUACGCCAAGUCCCGCAGUCGCCAGUUUUGGUCAACAAUGAUUCUGGACACAAUAGGGAUAGCUGGAAGACUGCUCCCAGCUCACCAAAGGAAGACUUCAAAGUCAUGAUUGAUGCUAUCACCGAGGAACGCGAAAAUUCCACCAGCUACACAGGUACCUCUAGCGAAUCUCCAAACACGUCUCGACAAGAUUGUAGCGAAAAGUUCGAUCAUGUCGAACACAAUCCGGAUAUAGACGGUAUUGACUGGAGACCUGGCUUCAAGCAUCAAUUCCCAUGGCUCGGCUUCGCAGGACUUAUGGUCAUCCUCGUGGCCACCGCCGGAGCUGUAAUCAUACUGGCUACGUCUAACAAAAAGCGAGUCAAAGACUGGCCUUUUACGAAGUUCACCGCCCAACCCAACGUACUACUCAACAUUGCGAAUCAAGUUCAGAACCUGGGGCUGGUUACAUUGAUUGGUCAGGGGCUGGCUAUCGCAUGGUGGAGGACAGCCUUGCGCGGAAGCUCACUCCGGAAACUACAUCAGAAUCACGCGUAUUCUUACAGCUUCUAUGCGAUUAUCACUUCCGGUAGACACUUCAACAUUAUCGCUCUCGCUGCUCUUAUGACGAAGUUCGCCGUCAUCGACAGUACGCUAUUUCAAAAAGCGACAAAAACUAUCGUCACCCAGGAAAGUGACUAUAUGAACCACACUAUGACUGGGUUCAUCGAGAAAGACUGGCCAGCGAAUUCUGGUGGUAUACCCGGAGGGGACGGCAAUAUCAAGACCGUCAAUAAAGCUUGGGCUAACGUACUGGAUGCAUACAACGGCAAGAUCGCAAAUGGUAAGGUACAUGACACUCUUGACCAAACAAAGUCUUUUUGGGAUUGCCCUUUUCGACAAGAGUGUCAUGGCGCUAUUGAGGGCUUAGGCUUCUCAUUCAACUGCACCAAUACAUCCAGGCAGGUAGACUAUGGUUACGAAAGACGAGAAUCAGAGCUACAGGGCAUACCUCCAUCGGACAAUUCGUAUGCGCUAUGGGAUGUCAAGUUCAAUGCCUCGUGGCCAACGGGAACCAAACCGUACGCCAGCAUCGAUCUCGAGAUGCUCUACGUCGAUAGCAAACCUGGACAAGACGAGCACUCUUGUCCGGGUACUAUGACUAUCCGUAGGUGCGAGAUCAAGCCCGCCCUCGUUCAGUAUCCCGUUACUGUUAUGGUACCAAGCGAAGAAGAACUAAAAGGCAAAAACAUUGUCACACACAUCAAGUUCUCUAAUGAUUCCCGCCCCGAAAACUGGGAAAUUGGUGAGAGUCUCGACAACAUUACACAGAUCGACCAACUUGAAGUAAAAGAGACUGUCAAUCUCGAAGAGCAGUUCGGCAAACCCUCUACUAUCGGCGCUUUAACAUACAUCAUGAACAACCUCUAUGAAUCCUCAGCGAAUCUUACCUACAACAACGACACAUGGGAUAUUGUCGCUCGAGGCGCCUCGGCUCAGACUACUUUUUAUGGCCAAUCGGAUGAAACUCUCAAUCGUUGCUGGUAUAAUAUUAGCCAAGGUAAAGACGAUCCCGCCGUCGAGGUAUUGCGCAAACUCAACACCCUGAGCUUCGUGACAGCGUUGUACAUUACAGGCGCGCCUUUUUCCAAUAAAAGCUUAGACGGCGACCUCGGGAUGGCCAACCAAACAGUCAUCGCAUCAGUCACCGGUAUCGUUGAGCAAUACAAAACCUCAUACGCCUACGUCGCUGGCGCCCUCGUAGCAACUUUCGUCACUGUUAUGCUCGUCCUACCCGUAUAUUGGGGCUUCUGGCAGCUCGGCCGCAAGGUCACUCUUGGUCCGCUUGAAAUAUCGCAAGCCUUUGGUGCGCCCAUCAUCGCGCCUGACAAGACAAAAGCAUAUCAUGGCGACUUCGAUCAGGUACUUGAGGAUGUUGGGAAAAGGAGGGUGCAGUACGGACAACUCAAACAUGCGCCGCCGGGACAGAUGGGUCUUGCAGAGCCAGAGAGGGUCGUCGUGCCGAAAGCGAGUCACCGAUGGCGAGUGAGUGGGCAGAGGGAGAAUAGGAGGAUCGGACUUGGUGCAGCUAUCGGGGGUGUGGUGGCUGCUACUAUCGCAGGAAAUGCGAAGGGAUGA